CAGACUCAGGGGGACGUGAAGGAGACGCGGAGCUCCGGCCGAAGUCCACCCAGCCCCGGACACUUUCACUUCCUCUGUCCUCUUCCACGGACUUUUAAAGCUUCUACUCAACUCUUUCUGGAGGCUAACAAACAUACACACCCCCUGUGCUGUGUGUUCGUUGUCCCAGUUUGGAGGCAGGCUAACCCGGGACAGACGCACACAUCUGUACCAACACACACCCACAACGACGCGUUCCAGACCCGGGACGGAAGCCGGACUUUGGGUGUCACCAUGCCAGUCAGACAAAAAGAUGCUCAGCGAGCCCUAGAGCUCCUCCAGCAGUACCGGGUUAAACUUGACCAGAGACAGCAGAAUCAGAUUCGGACAAAGGAAGGCCCUGUGGAGGAAGACCGGCAGCUGCAGCAGUCUCUGGACCGGGUCAUCAGUGUCUUCCAAAGCCAGCUCUUUAAUGCUCUGCUCGACAUUCAGGAAUAUUAUGAGUUGACCAUCCUUUCUGACACCCAUUCCUCUGGAGACCAAACUGAUGAUUCUGGCCCCACUAACCUGCCCGCAGAGCUCCCAGCCCUCCCACAAGUGUCCCCCGGUCCCCCAGGAGGACCACCCAAACCUAAGCCCCUUACCCCCAAACCCAGGUCAUUCAAGUCUCCUGCCCCUCCGAUCCCAUCCACACCACCAUUAAAACCAUCCUCCCCUACAACACAGUCCACUUCUCCUCAGUCACAAUCAGUGAAAGUCAAGUACCGAGCCCCUCAGCCCCCUGUCCAACCUGGACCAUCCAAGUCCAUAGAGACUACCAAGCCUAGCUCACCCUCUACUGCCAUAUCCGGUGGGGUGAAACUGAAUGACACCCCCUCGUCUGUGAAAACCCCCCCUGGAGUAUCACAGAAUGGAAUAACGCCACAUGUUGCAGCCACCAGCUCUACCAAACCUCAAAGCAGUCCUGUCUCUCCUGACCCCAAUCUGGUGACGGUCUCAGCUCUUGUUUCCAGUACCAUUCAAGGCCUAGUGCCCCCAACCACACCAGAUAAACUAAGCCCCACCAAGACUACCCCAACCACCAGCCCAGGUCCCAGCAGAGGCACAGACACUCCCAUCAUCUCCACAGCUCUUACACCAAGUGGGGUUCCAUCAGGCAAAGGCAACGUCACCUCAACGCCGAGUCCCACCAGCCCGAACCACGGAAAGUUCAGCUUUGGCAGCCGCAGCCCCACAGUAGCUCCAGGAGGACCAGUUAAAGCGCCACGUCUGAGUCCAACAAGUCCUGGGCCUGUGUCCUCCACUAGUCCUACUUACGGUCCAUCCAGCCCCAGGACGCCCACCAGCCCACUGCCCCCCAGUAAGGCCAAUCCCCCUCCAGUGGUGGUCAACACUGACAGCGUUGACACUCCCCCAUAUGUCAAUGGAACAGAGGCAGACUAUGAGUAUGAGGAAAUCACACUGGAGCGGGGUAACUCAGGCCUGGGGUUCAGUAUCGCAGGAGGGACUGAUAACCCCCACAUUGGAGAAGACCCCUCCAUCUUCAUCACUAAGAUCAUUCCUGGAGGGGCUGCAGCCCAGAAUGGACGACUCCGGGUGAAUGACUGCAUAGUCCGAGUGAACGAGACAGACGUCAGGGAGGUGACCCACAGUGGGGCUGUGGAGGCGCUGAAGGAGGCAGGAGGUCUGGUCAGGCUGUGCAUACGACGCCGCAGGAGCCUCACAGAGCGGAUCUUGGAUAUCAAGUUGGUCAAAGGGCCAAAAGGUUUAGGAUUCAGUAUAGCAGGCGGAGUUGGAAACCAACAUGUCCCGGGUGACAACAGUAUCUAUGUUACUAAGGUCAUCGAGGGAGGCGCUGCACACAAAGAUGGACGGCUACAGAUAGGCGACAAACUUGUAGCUGUGAACGGCUCAUGUUUGGAAGAAGUAACUCAUGAGGAAGCAGUCGCUGCCCUGAAGUCGACUCCAGACGUUGUUUACCUCCGUGUGGCCAAACACACUUCCCUUUUUAUCAAUGACAACUUCCCUCCCCCUGAUGUCACUAAUUCCUACUCCCCACAUCAGGACAACCAUAUAAGCCCCUACAUGAGCGGCAGCCAAUCUGUAAGCCCCGCCCCUUUGACCACACCCAGAUACUCACCUCUGCCCAGGACCAUGACGGCAGACGACGAUGUCUCCAGGGAACCCAGGCGUGUGGUGCUUCAGCGGGGCUCUACAGGUCUUGGUUUUAACAUUGUUGGAGGUGAAGAUGGAGAAGGUAUCUUCAUCUCUUUUAUUCUUGCUGGAGGUCCAGCUGAUCUCUGUGGCGAACUACGAAAGGGAGACCGCAUCUUGUCGGUGAAUGGGGUGGAUCUGUCCAGUGCGACGCAUGAGCAGGCAGCUGCAGCUUUGAAGAACGCAGGACAGACCGUUACCAUAGUAGCACAGUAUAGACCAGAAGAGUACAGUCGAUUUGAGGCGAAGAUCCAUGACCUGAGGGAACAGAUGAUGACCAGCAGCGUCAGUUCCAGCUCCACAUCGCUCCGCUCUACGCAGAAACGCACACUUUACGUCAGAGCAUUGUUUGACUAUGAUGGAAGUGCGUCAGAUUUGAGCGCCCCUAAUCAAGCGUUGCCUUUCCACUUUGGGGAUAUCCUCCAUGUGAGCAGCGCUGGCGAAGAGGAGUGGUGGCCUGCCCGUCACCUCAGCCCCCCGCCCCCUAACUGUCCUGAAGUCGGCGUCAUCCCCAGUCGCAGAAGGGCAGAGAAAAAGGAAAGGUCGAGGCUAAAGACAGUUAGAGUGACGAGGUCCCAGGACAGAUCGGAUCAGGAUGACAAAGAGCUGGUAACCUCUGGCACCAGCGAUAGUGAGAGUAGUUCCUCCGGCCAGGAAGAGACCUUCCUCACCUACCAACCUGUCAUGCAGCAGGAAGUUAAUUAUACACGGCCUGUCAUCAUACUCGGACCAAUGAAAGAUCGAGUCAACGAUGACCUCAUCUCUGAGUUCCCCGACAAGUUUGGCUCCUGUGUACCACACACAACACGGCCACGUCGAGACUAUGAGGUGGACGGCAGAGAUUAUCACUUCAUGUCCUCCAGAGAACUCAUGGAGCGAGAGAUUCAAGAACACAAGUUCAUAGAGGCCGGACAGUACAACAACCAUCUGUAUGGAACCAGUAUACAGUCUGUUAAAGAAGUGGCCGACAAGGGAAAACAUUGUAUACUGGAUGUAUCAGGGAAUGCCAUAAAGCGUCUCCAGUUGGCAGGCCUUCAUCCCAUCGCUAUCUUCAUCAGACCACGCAAUGUCGACAACAUCCUUGAAAUGAACAAACGUUUCACUGAAGAGCAGGCGAGGAAGACCUUCGACAGAGCUGUCAAACUGGAGCUGGAGUUUACAGAGUACUUUACCGCUAUCGUCCAGGGCUCCACACUGGAGGAGGUGUAUUCACAGGUGAAACAGAUCAUUGAGGAGCAGUCUGGUCCUUACAUCUGGGUGCCCACCAAGGAGCGACUCUGAAUAAACACACACACAAACUCCAUGAUCACACACAUCACUCUUUUACUUCCCACUUCUGUGAUUUUCUAUUAUCAGCCUGCUUCCUCUGUUUCUUGUUGACACAUCACUCCACACAUGGAGGUACAUACACACACACACACACACACACACACAUAUGUAUAAAUAUAUAUUUACACAAGCACAUAAAGUGGGACAAGGCUGGGACAAUCUGGGACUGCUACUUCCUGAAGUGGGAGGAGCCAAUGCCUGUCCAGCAGCCUAUUGGUGGAUCUUCCUACAGCUCAGUUCCUUAAUGUUUAAGGAGGUGGUGACAUGUACCAUUAUCUAAUUUGAGUUCAUUAUUGUUCUUCUUAUUGUUGUUGUCGUCGUUGUUGUUUUCAUAUUAACAAAGGGUAAUGCAUUCAUGUAUGGGUUUGUAAUGAUAAUAUUGUCACCAAGAGGCAGACUUUUGCACGCUGUAGCUUUAAGAGCAUGUUUUUGGGACAAAAUGUUGAUCUCCUUUCCUGUCUGCGUCUCCUCAUGGCAUUGCUCCUGUUUAAAGUUUCUCUCGCUCUGUCUUUUUCUACCUUUCUUUCAUAUCCAUCCCUCCAUCCUUGCCUCUGUAGACGGUGUAGAUACUCAAAACUGAACAAUGUGCCCCACAUUUUGGCGUUAUUGGCUAAAACAAAACUAGUACCAUUACUGUUUGGAAAUGUAGCAAGAAAUGACCAAUAAUUUAGAGAUUUUAUAACUGAGAUAUAAUUAAUAUGUAUUGUAAGAAACAAAGAUAUUCUGAAACUGAAGAUUUUUUGAAGGACCAUCAUCAAAUUGAAUCCUUUAAUGUAAAGAUUAAGACACAUGACAGUUUUCAACACACGACAGUGAUUAUGACACUGAGAAAUAUUAUUUACAUACAGAUUUGAGUGAAACCUUGAAUAAUUGUUUUAUCAGUUAGUGUUAAAUUUACAGAAAGUAGCCCAAAGUUACAGAAAUUGUAGUCGUAUUGUUAUAAAAUUGGUAAAUCUAGAAAAAAUGUAGAAAUAAAAUGGAAAAGUCCAGCAAAGCAGUGACGAAGGACAAUGUUUGACAUUUGCACCACGAAAGAAUGUGAAAAACAGAAUUAUAGGAUAUUAGAACAAGCUCAAUGCAGCCACUGCACAUGCUGCAUUAAAACGAAGAUAUUCACAAUACUUUACACUUCUUAAUUAUUGAGAAAGAUAAUUCUGUACUGCAGCAACUUGAACCAAAAUAAGGAGCCUUUUCAUGGGUAAAUUUAACAUAUAUUAUGACUGAUGUUUGGAAUAACCAAUUCAGAUAUCAUAAAUGGGCAAAAAAUACUGGUCAUGAUUUCUUUCACCCCAGACUAAAUGUACAAUAUAUGAAUUACUUUGCUUAUCGAGUCAACAAUCCAAAACCCCAAGAUCUACUGUUGAAAUAUAAUUUAAAAAAGCAUAAAAAUCUCUAAUUGUAUACUGCAGAAUUCUAGAAUAAAUGACAAAAGCAAUUAAUGGAUUAUCAAAGACGCUGUUUUUGGUUGAUCAAUCUAUCAAAAAACAAUCAAAAACCACUUUUUUCCAAAUGAUCACAUUUACACCCCCUUAAAGAGACUCGGCUCUGCAUUCAUUCAUGUCUUCAUCCAAUAAGGGCUUCUGCCUUCUUUCUUCUUCUUCCUCCUCCUCUCUUUCUCAUGCCUUCAUCUUUCUCCUCUUCACAUUCACAGUGUGGCAUCAGUUGAACACUCCAUCAUAAAGCUGUGUAUCAUGUUCUUCAACACUAUCAUCACGAUCAUAAUCAUCAGCAUCAUUGUUAUAGCUUUCCUUCUUACUGUAGUUGCACUAAUGAGGGCUUGUUGCUUAAAAGCAUCUCGAGGCGACAGAACAGACACUUCUGAAGCUUAGAAUGAAAAAGACGUUCAUCUCAUUUAUCUCCACUAAAUGACUGCUCAGCUAGUUUUUAUCAAGCUGGAUGUUUGACUCAUGAGAAUCCGCAACACCUGAAACAUGACGAUACUAUCUGUCGAACAUUACGUGAAGAUGCUUUUAGUGACAUAGCCCGUGUAUGGACCUUGUCAGCCACCGGACUCCACUUUCCAUCUCCGCCCCUGACUCCUCCAAGCUGACUGGAGACCAGAGACAUACAGAGAAACCUGUUCGCUCAGCAGAGUAGCUCAUACAGACCCAAUUAAUAGUUUUUAGUGUAUAUGAAAAGCUUUAUCUCUCUAACUAAUGCUUUGUGUAAAAUACAGACAGAGACAAAUUAAAGGAAAAACCUCUUGGGAGCAGCAUCCCAGUACAGUUAUAUUGGUUUUGUCCUUUUAUUGGUCACAUGUCUAUAUAUUUUUAAUAUGCAUCGAGUGACCAGUGCUGUGUGUCUGUGGGCAGAUCUGGAUUCUCUGUGUGACUCUGGCUUUGUGUUUGUAGCCAGGGGACCAUGUCACUGUCUGUUAGUAAAGCACCGAUGCAAAGAAUCUAUUACAGAGAUGGAUCUAUAUCUAACAUAUUAUAAUAUUUAUCCCUGCUCUAACUGCCUAUUUUGGUACAAAAAAUAAAAUAAAAGUCUUUAUUGAAAUUUACUGGAAUCCCUCUACCCAUACCCAGAGAUGAAUAUUCUUUUUUUUUGCAUUGUUGAAUGUGAAUGAAUGUGAAUAAUAUAUACUAUAAUAACUGUAAAUAUGAAUACAUUUUCCUUUACUUUCA